AUGCCCUGGCGGCCGCUGCCUCGGAUCGCCUUUGCCGUGGCCAUAUACCCUUUCAACCCAUCUUCCCCCGCAGACCUACCAUUGGAGCUUGGCGAUGAGCUGUAUAUUAUCGAGCAAGGAGGAAGGGAUGAUGAGUGGUGUCGAGGCUAUUUAGUCGCGCCACCGUCAUUGCUCGCGGGCUUGACAAGCACAAAAGGCCAAACACUCGAAGCUCGCGUGUUCUCGGGUAUCUUCCCGCGGAACUGCGUUGAGAUUCGGGAGGUGCUGGGCGAUGGCGAUGGACAUAAAGCACUACUCAAUGGCGAUCGAAAAAGUCUCGAUCGACUGACCUUGUCAGCUUUGGAGGGUGACUUUAUGUCUCGAAAUAGUCUGACUUACCCCGUGGGUGACUUCCAGGCUACUGCCGAGGUAUCGGAGGUCGUGAUCGCGAAGAAGGGGAGACCCUCCCAGAUUUUUAUUCACAAGAGCGAUGGAUCAGAUCAGACAAGCUCGCGGUGCCGAACGGGUUCAACACCGCACACGCCUGUGUCCUUUGCUCCCCGCGACCCUGAUGCGCCUAAGCCUGCUGCCCCAGUUCCGAUGCUUAAGAUUGGUGAUGAAACUCCGACUUCCCUCACAGAGCCUCUGGUAGAUGAAAUUGCCUCAUGUCUGCGUGAAUGGCAUUCGACUAAUUUGCAUGAGCUGCUUCUGGCCCGCCGCUAUGAUCUGUUGGAAGAACUGUCGAACAUCGUACAAGAGCUGGACUUCGCGAGACGACAAUUACUACACAAUGUUCUGACUGGAAAGGAGAAAGAAGCAUUGCGGGAUGAGACGGUCUGGAAACUUGUCAAAGCAAACAAAAUGCUGAGCGGGGACGUGAUUGUUCGCGAUCCAGAGCAAAGAGGCCGCUUGCUAACGGGUGAUGAUUCGGCUAUCCAACUAGCAAAGCUGCAGUCCGAGAUGAGUAUGCUGGAGUCUCGUCCCACCGUAACAUCGGACGCUACAGCUCUUCACCACUUGUUACUGGAAGUCAACGCAGUAUCUGGGAAUGCACCAGGGCAGGUGACCAUCGGAAUCCAGCUGUUUUCAAGAUCAGACUCCGGCGCACUCAGUCCAUUGUCUGAGACCUUCAGUCUGAGCAUUCCGUCUCUUGAUAAGUUCAUCAACAUGAGCCAAGGCAGUAAACUGAAGACACUAUUCACCGAAUUAGCCGCAACGGAUAUCGGAGAUGGGUCUGCGAAUGGGCGCCAGCUUUAUCUCGUUGCUUGGGUUCGUGCGCCAGAGACACGGUCCACGGUUGAUACCACUCCUGUCUCAAGUCCAUCAAUUUCACGAGACGGCGCCGCCCCAUCCAAGACCGCGUCAAAUGGGGGUGUUCAACCCUCGGCCAAGGGUAGCUUGAAAUCACGACGCAGCAUCAUGUGGACGGGCAAACAGCGUGGACCGAACUUGGAUCAACCACCUAAGGCUACAACACAAGCGGUCCCACGAACUUCGAGCAGCUCGUCUAGUGUCAAAGAAUCAGCCACCUCGCAGCCUACCCCAGCAAAGGAGAUCUCGGCGAUUCGCACUGUCGGCGUCGGGAUACUGGAGAUCUCGCCCAUACUCCGACAAGAAAAAGACGCAGAGCAGGUGAUCAAUAUUUGGUCACCUCGUCGAGACGGCGAGGACGGUGAAGGGCUGACAGAUGGCUUUGACAAGUUGAUUUGCGCCUUACUGCCCAGUCCCACCGGCCGAUAUGUUCGUGCCGAGCCUGCUGCACGUCUACAUAUUCAUCUACGCCCCUUCACCAGCAUCGAUGCCGAAUCUCUGAUACGUCAGAACCCUACUAUAUUACACGACGUCACACUGACACAACGCAUUGGAUUCUCUAAGGCCCCCACCAAGCCAAGAUCCGACAUAUACGUGACGGUCUCUCAAGCGGUGUUUCCCACUGAUGCCCUCUUGUCUCACCCGCAGGCUGGUCAAAUUGCUUUGCAGACGGCCACAGGACUUCACAAUCUUCAACUUACUCUUGAAGUGCGUGAUUCUACAGGAGCACGGAUAGACAAAUGUGUUUUCCCUUCGUCCUCUAAUACAUUGAACACAGCAUGGCGCACAACAAUCGCCCAGCGGGGGUCGCCCUGGAACCAGACCAUUCGUCUCAAGAUUCCUACGGAAAAGAUUCCCGGCUCCCAUAUAGUCAUGAGCGUUGCAGAUGCUCCAGAAUUUCCAUUUGCCCUUGCCUGGAUGCCCCUUUGGGACCAUCAAGCUUUCAUCAAAGAUGGCCGUCAUUCUCUGCUAUUGCAUGCUUAUGACAAGCUGACCUCUAGCAUUGAGAAUGGAAAGGGUGCUUACUUGAACCUACCGUGGAGUGCACUGGGCAAGAAUGAAUCCGCCAAGGAUGAAGCUCUGACGGGUCCAUUGGCGACUUUGCACCUUGAAACCCACCUCUGCAGCACCGAAUAUUCCCAGGAUCAAGUCAUAUUGAGUCUUCUUAACUGGCGGGAGAGACCCGUCGAUGAAGUUUUGGAUACCCUCAAGCGAUUAUUGUUCGUUCCUGAGAUCGAGAUCGUCAAGCAACUCAGUGGCGUCUUCGAUGCGCUAUUCGGAAUCCUGGUUGAGAACGCUGGCGACGAAGAAUAUGAGAAUUUGAUUUUCAAUGAUCUUAUCACUGUUCUAGGAAUUGUUCACGAUCGACGAUUCAACCUCGGCCCGCUGGUCGAUCGCUACGCCGAUGGCCAGUUCAAUUUCCCAUUUGUCACCCCGUGUCUUAUUCGAAGCUACCUACGACUUCUGAAUGCAGCGACCGACAGUACGCAAUCUCGCAAUCUUCGCGCCGCCUUCAAGGUGGGACGUCAUCUAUUGAAGUUCAUUAUCAAGGCUCGCGAGCAGCAAAAGGCCAAGGAGGAAGGCAUUGGCAUCACUACGGUGCAAUCUACCUUCAACAGAGACAUGCAUACCAUCUUCAAGUCUCUGGAGACUUUGAUGAAAAAUUCCUCGCCGGCUUUGGUGGGCAGCAAAACACUGGUGGUUCAGCACUUCCAUACGUGGCUACCUGAGCUCUCCAAUGUUCUGAGCAAGGAUGAAAUGAUUAUGAUCGCUCUGAGUUUCAUGGAUUCAUGCAAGGAUGUCACUGGUAUGUUGGUUCUCUAUAAGCUGGUUCUCAUCCAGAACUAUACCCUAUUCGAGGUCUUCUCGUCCGGUGAAGAGAGACAAACAUUGAUAUCCAGCUGUAUUGGCUGGUUGGCGCCCUACUGGGGCUCCACCCCGAGCGUCUCGGACUUAUAUCGGGACCAGGUACGACUGAGCUGUUCAAUUGUGGCCCAGUUGCUCAGCCAGUCAGAUCCUCUGCUUUUCGGAUUUAUGCCAAGCAUUGUGGCCUCCUACUGUGCCAUCUCUGCUGAAGGAGUGGAUGAGACGGAAUAUCUGUCCCUGCUGUUCAGCAAGGCGUUCCCCUUCCAGAUGAAGACCGCCAAGUCUUCUCAAAGCUUUGAUGAAUCUUUGGUUGAACUAUCCGCGCUUAUGGCUGCUAUCUCCAAGAUACCGUCUCCCAAACUUCCCUCCCUGAAAGAACUGGAACUUGCGACAUUUGUUGCUCAGACUAUCGAGGCCCAUAACUCCAUCCUCGACUGCGAAGCUUAUCCCGAGACCUGGUUCAGUAUUCAUGUGUACAAUCACCGCGCAACUAUCAAAAGUCUUGAACAUAUUGCAAUGUUGUUAAUUGAUAGAUUGCUUCCGGCACCGGACGAUGCCGAUACGUUUGAUACCAAGUUGUGGGAGUCAUUCUUUACAACGCUGUUGAAGGUCAUUUCAAGCGAUGUCCUUGCGCUGGAGACUUUCCCUGAGCAGAAACGCCGGGCUGUCUGGAAGAUUGCGGGCGAUGUGCGCGAGCAAGGAGCGGACUUGCUGCAAUGUACCUGGGAAGCCAUUGGCUGGGAGACCACGGAUGAAGAGAGAGAACGCUUCAAUUUGAAGAAGCUGGGUGGUUAUCAGGUUCAAUACGUCCCUGGUUUGGUACCCCCAAUCAUUGGUUUGUGUCUCAGCGUCCACGAGGGACUUCGACAUGUUGCUGUUCAGAUCCUGCAGACAAUGAUCCUCAGUGAAUGGGAUCUCAACCAAGAUAUUUCUAUCAUUGAAACGGAGAUCAUCUCCAGUCUAGACACUCUCUUCAAGUCCAAGCAGAUGAGUGAGAGUGUUAGCCAGAAGAUCUUCGUCGGCGAGCUGUUGGAUCUCUUUGAGAGUGACGCGGUAUCUGAUGGUCUAUUGUCAAAUGCUGUCAAGAGUCUUGUUGGUACAGUUGAUGAGCUCUUGGAUCUUCUGGUAGCUUCCCAGAGUGGUGCCUCAACCCAGAGUCUUCACGCUCUGAAACUUAUGGAAUACAUGAAAGACAUGGGUCGUGAGGAUAUCUUCAUUCGCUACGUUCAUGAACUCGCCGAUGCCCAGGCCGCUGCAGGCAAUUACACUGAAGCCGGUCUUGCUCUCCAGUUCCAUGCCGACCUCUAUGAAUGGGAUCUCAACAAGCCGUUGCCGGAGCUGCUUACUCCUGCAUUCCCAGCCCAGAAUGCGUUCGAACGAAGAGAGGCUUUGUACUUUUCCAUCAUCCAACACUUCGAAAAUGCCAUGGCCUGGGCCCCCGCUCUGGCUUGUUACAAGGAGCUUGCGGCACACUAUGAGCACACUACCAUGGACUUCGCCAAGCUCUCCAGAGCUCAAAGCUCGAUGGCCCGAAUCAACGACUCCGUUGCUAAAGGCGGCAAACAAUUCCCACGUUACUUCCGCGUUGUCUACAAGGGUCUUGGAUUCCCUCCCGGCCUGCGCGAUAAGGAGUUCAUUUUCGAGGCCUUGCCGACAGAACGCAUGGCUUCUUUCGUGGAUCGUAUGCAGCGGGAACAUCCUACUGCGCAGAUCAUGUCUAGUGGCGAUAUUUCUGAUUACGAAGGCCAAUUCCUUCAGAUCAGCUCCGUCAGCGCUCACCGCGAUGUGUCUCACCCUGUCUACCAGCGCUCGAAGGUCCCAUCCUCUGUCCGCGAGCACCUGCUGAUCUCUGAUCCAUCUCGUUUCUCGGCUACGUCGCGACGACACACGAGCAGCUCGGAUGUUCGUGGGCAAUUUGUUGAGAAAUUUGUUUUCACUGUCUCGGAGGCGUUCCCGAACAUCCUUCGUCGCAGUGAGAUUAUUUCCGCCCAGGAGAUUGCUCUGUCACCUCUGCAAACUGCCAUUGAGCGAACGUGGCGCAAGACCCAGGAGCUUCAACUCAUUGGGCGCCGUGCUGCGUCGGGAGAAGAUUCUACUCUGUCUAAUUUGACUGAAGCCUUGGAAUCACUUCUAGAGGCCCGAUCGUCAAAUUCCAACUGCGUGGCAUUAUACCGCAUCUUCCUUCUCGAUGCGGAAGCUGCACGGAACAGGCUCCUUGAGGAAAUUGAGGAAAAUGCCGAGAUGGUCGAAACACAGCAACCUGUGGACCCCAUGGAGAAUGCGCUCUCUGUCGCCCUUCUCGACCACGCCUUGGCCAUCAAACACGCAUUAUCUCUCUACCAACGUCCCGCUCAUCAAGCUACUCAAGCCGAACUGCUACGACGCUUCGAAGAUGUCUUCGAGCCCGAGCUCGAAACUCUCGUCGCAACUUCAGUCGAGUACACCACGCCUGCACCCACACAAACAGCCCGUCGAUCCCCCUCCUUGAGUGACAAGCGCCGGAUCGCACCUCUCCAGCGAGCCGCAACUCAAGAACAAGAGCUCAAUCGCUCGGCCCGAGGCAAUGCCCACGCACGCAAGCGCUCCGAGAGACAAUCUGUCAGUCAGCGGAUCAGCAUCAUCAAUCCUUUCAAGCGUUCUCAUGGCGCCACAAACUCCAUCUUCACGAUUCAGCAACUCGACAUCAAGGGUCAAGUAGCGGGCGAACAGGACGAAGCUGUCGAUGAUGACACGGCCACAAUCCACAGUCGCACUACCAGUCAUUCCCGCGGCGGCCGAAGCGAAAAGCGCCGCAGCUUCUUCGGCAGCGACAAGAUAUACAAGCACGGCUCGUCGACUUCCGUCACCAAUGCCGGCCACGAAUCACAGACUUCACUGAACGUACACAAUGCUGCCCACGACACGGCCGCCCGCUCCCACGACGGUCGUAGUCGCGCUGGCUCCCAGCAGCGCGGCGCUUCUGCUACUGGUGCAGCUACAGACCGGGCUGCCCCCGCCUCCAGCGGCGGGUGGUCGACACUCCCAUCCACGCGCGAUUAUUCACGACCUGUUACGCGGGACAGUAAUACAGCGCCGAUGACGACUGCGAAUGGGACGGCGCCGUUAUCCCCUGUGCUGAAUAAUAGUCACAGCGGUAUGCGGGAUUCGGUGUUCCGUCGGUUCAGUAUGCUCAAGGGCGUCGGUCGCAAGAACAGCCGGAUGGAUUUCAAAACCAAUGCUAAUCCAAAUUUCCGCGCCAAUUUCCGACGCCACACUUUCGGGCCACGAAGCAUGAGCUCCGGAAACAAUGGCUCGUUGAACGCCAGUGAGCGUACCGGGCUACUCAGCUCACACCGCAGCUCUUUCGCCGGUCUUGCGCCCCAUGAGCAUACCGAGCAUGGCCAGCAUCACCACCACCCCAAGGAUAACCGGGUUUGGGUGCGAUGGCCCAUGCAGGUCGUCCAUCUAACAUGGAAGACCCUGGUCCGUGACUAUGUGAAUAUCCUGCUUAUUUUCGUGCCGUUGGGCAUCGUUGCCGGUGCCCGUGAAUGGGAUUCUACCGCUGUCUUUACUCUCAAUUUCUUUGCUAUCGUUCCCCUUGCUGCACUGCUCAGUUUUGCUACCGAGGAGCUGGCCGCUACUAUGGGUCAAGCCCUCGGUGGCCUCAUGAACGCCACUUUUGGAAAUGCCGUUGAGUUGAUUGUUAGCAUUAUUGCCCUGAAGCAAAACCAGGUCCGUGUUGUCCAGGCUAGUAUGUUGGGUAGUAUUCUGUCCAACAUUCUGCUUGUUCUCGGUUGCUGCUUCUUCGUCGGUGGACUGCGGUACCGGGAACAGUCCUUCAACAGCACCGUGGCUUCAACCAUGUCCUCGCUUAUGGCCGUGGCAUCCGCUUCGCUGAUCAUCCCAGCCACCCUCUACGCCGCGAUCUCGAAUAACGCCCGCUCCGGGCCUGAUGCCAUUACCGGUGUCCUCAACCCGGACCAGGAGGCGAAUAAGAACAUUCUCAUCUUGUCCCACGGUACCUCCAUCAUCCUGCUGAUCAUCUACGUCAUGUACCUCUACUUCCAACUGCGAUCGCACUCCGAUCUCUUCGAGGAGACCAACGGAUGUGACACCGAGCACCUCGCUGGCGGCGAGGUGAUGGCCGAGGAAGAGGAAGAGGAGCGCAUUCUGAGCCCCUGGGCUGCUGGUGUGGCUCUCGUCGUCGUGACUAUCCUAGUUGCCAUUUGCGCCGAUUACUUGGUCGACAGCAUCGACAGCAUGGUCCAGAAAACCGGCAUGAGCAAGACCUUCAUUGGCCUGGUCCUGAUCCCGAUUGUCGGUAAUGCCGCGGAGCACGUCACAGCCGUUGUAGUUGCGUACAAGAACAAGAUGGAUCUGGCGAUUGGAGUCGCAAUCGGUAGCAGUUUGCAGAUUGCGCUCUUUGUCACUCCGUUCUUGGUUAUCCUUGGCUGGAUCAUGGGUAUUGAGAUGACUCUGCACUUCCAGACUUUUGAGACUGUUGCUUUCUUUAUCUCUGGUCUGGUGGUGACUCUGCUUAUCCAGGAUGGAAAGUCCAACUACCUCGAGGGUGGCAUGUGCCUCGGCAUGUAUGUCAUACUUGCCUUGGCUUUCUAUGUCUACCCUGAUAACGUCACGGACGUUUCCUCUUAG